CUAGACCUUUUUGCCCUUCACAUAAACUAAUGAUUACACUUUAAUUGCCACUGAAUCUUCCAACACAACACCACCCAGUUAACACCACCGUUGUCGUCCACCUUAGUGGUCGGAGAAACCAAAUCAGUAUAAAAUUCUGAUGACCGGGAAUGCAAACUCAACGUCUUCUUCCCUCGAGAUCGGCGGCGAAAUCUUUUUGAAGAUCUCCUAAAGAUUUACAUUUCUCAUUAUCUCUUUUCUCCCCAUUUUCAAGUUCCGAUUCAUGCAACAAUGAACCAAAUCAAAGAUCCAAACCCUAAUCUACCGGAACGUCUCUUCGCCGUCGAUUGCUAUCCCGAUAAAGCCCGUCUUAAUAUAUAUUCAAGACCUGAAUAUCUCGGUACAAUUGCUAACCUUCUCAAAGGCUCUGAAGAAUGGGAACGAAUCAAAAGUUCACAAUUUGGUAAGCUGUUCGAAUUCCCUGUCGCUCGAUGCUCACAUUCAGGUAAGCUGAUACAUGGUUUAUUAUCCCGACAAGUCGUAACUAAAAAGAAACACGAGUUAUGGUUUGUGUUUGGUGGACACCCAAUACGUUUCUCUAUAAGAGAGUUUCAUAUAGUGACUGGUCUUAGAUGUGGUAAAUUACCAACAGAAGAUGAGGUAAAGAAGCAUCAGGAUUCUAAGUAUUUGUCUGUGUGGAAUAGGCUUUUCGGAGAGAAAAGAAUGGUUACUAUUGGAGAUGUGUUGGAGAUGUUACAAAAGAAGAAACUUUCCUCUUGGAAAAAGCUUUGUUUAGCUCUCAUUGUAAUUGUGGAUGGUGUUGUUGUAUGUAAUGACCAAAGCUUUGUAACUCUAGAUUUUGUGGAGAUGUUGAAUGAUAUAGACUUCUUUUUGGAGUAUCCAUGGGGGAGAAAAGCUUUUCUCGCAACUAUUCGUCGUUUCGGGCCACCUAAAGAUGCACCUAAUCCGUUAGGGAAACUUAAGAAGCGUUUGAAACAGAAGACGAGUGCGUGUUACGGUUUUCCUCUAGCUCUUCAGUUACAAGUUUUUGAAUCCAUUCCGGUGAUAUUGGAGAGGAUAAAAGAUCCAAACGAUCUUCGGGACUUCACUGAGAGGUCAUCUGAGGGGUUGUCAAUAGCGUUUCUGCUUCGUAAGAGUUAUAUUCUUGAUGCUGAAGUUGAUGACAAGCUUGUGGUUGCACAUACAUUGGAACCUAAGGGAAUGAUUAAUGAAUCUGAGUUGGUUUGGGAAACAGAGGUUUCUGAUCCCAAGGUGGAUUACAUUUUGAGAUUGAUCAACGAGGGACAUUGUUUCAAACCAUUUGAAUGGCCACACUUGAAAGCAGCAAAUCAAGAGGUCAAUAUUCCAGAUAUUGAUGGUGACAGCCUUGAAGAUGUCACAGAUGUUAGUCAAGCAAGGCCCAAAAAGCCUCUUACUAGGUCUUCUAAGAAGGAGAAGGAAGUUGUCAAGCCUCCUAGUAUCCACAAACAUACUUCUCAGGAAAAAAUAAAGGCUAAAGUUCAUGUUGGUGGAGAAAGUAACGACCCGGGGUAUGUCACGCUUGCUUACUUGAAUGACAUGAAGGAGUGGAUACUGAAACAGAAUCAAGACCUUAGAAACAAGAUUAGGGAGGAUGUUAAAGAAAUUGUUGUUGGUCCCAAAUCACCAGCAGGAGGAGCAUCUAAUCUGCGUCAAUCAAACAGGCUUAACACCAACAGUAAGGGAAAGACUGAUGCAUCACCUCCUAAGAAAACCGGCAACACAGAAACGCGAAAACGAAAAAGAAAACAGGUAGAGGUUCACUCCUUAUCAUCUGGAAGCGAGUCAGCCGGUGACAUUGAAGGUGAAGAGGAUGUUCAGAGUACAUGGAAAGAGGACGGAAAUGCGCCAAGCUCGGGUACAUUUGAUGAAUGUGAUGAUUAUGGAGGUGCUCUAAAAAUCACUCAGGAAGGUGAUGUGAUGCAAGAAGAAAGUGACUUUGAUCACUGUUCUUCAAAUUGUACAAAGAUGAAAGAAUCAAUGAUGAGAGAGAUAGAGAACCUUGAACUGAAGCUUCAAUUGUAUGGAGGACAUGGUCUGAAUAAUUUAACCUACGACGAGCUUCUUCAUUUUGAGCAUCAACUCGAAUCUUCUCUCCAUAUUGCUCGAGCUCAUAAGCAGGAGCAGCAGCAACAACAAACAGACAAGCUUAAGGAGAAUCUCAUGGUGUGUCAAAGGCACGAAGAUGAUGACAUCAUGCACCGGCAAGUGAAGAAGGAGAACCCACCGGCGUUCUUCAGCUCCUCCCGCCGCCACAACCAGCCCCAAGACUAGGACAACAACUUCUCCCUAUCUAAUAACAACUUAAGCAGAUCGACCCGGUUUGGUUCAGCUUACCAGACGGUUAAUUUAUUACCGGUUAUUUUCUUUGCUGACUUUCUAAUGAACAUGUUGACCAUGCUAUGAUAGCUUUCUGGUUUAUAUUAAAAGGUUUUCUUUAGCAGAAAUUAACCAAACCUGUGUUCUGUUGUGUUCUCCUAACUCUCAUUAAUAUGUACAGAUCCAUAUACGAUAAUUGUAGGAGAGAAACUACUCAU